AUGGGUUUGACUAAUAACAAUGGACUACAACAUCCGAUGCACCACUCGGAAACUGCUCUUGGUGCAAACAACACGGGUAUGAACGAAUCACGCGGUGGAAGUAAACAGGGUGGGACCGAUGCAAGCCAGAGUGAUGCUGAUGGGCAAGAUGGCUCAGCUGCUAGACAUGGUAGUGGUGAUGGAAAAAAUGAAGGAAACUGA